CUAGCAACUACAAGAGAACACACAACGCACACAAAAAAGACUCAACACUACACAUGCGCACUUAUUUUGAAUAAUUUCAUAUUCUAUCCUGCAAUAGCCUCUUCUUCUCCAGCUGGGAAAUGGCAGUGAAUGUAUACUCCACAUCAAUGACCAAUGAAAAUCUUAGCAGACAUGACUUGCUUGCUUGGGUCAAUGAUUCUCUGCAGCUCAGUUACAAUAAAGUCGAGCAGCUUUGCUCAGGCAUAGCAUAUUGCCAGUUUAUGGACAUGCUGUUCCCUGGGUGUAUCCUCUUAAAGAAAGUGAAGUUCCAGGCCAAACUGGAGCAUGAGUUUAUCCACAACUUUAAAGUGCUACAAGCAGCAUUCAAGAGGAUGAAUGUCGAUAAGAUCAUCCCUGUUGAAAGACUGGUGAAAGGAAAGUUUCAGGACAACUUUGAGUUUGUUCAGUGGUUUAAGAAAUUCUUUGAAGCAAACUACGAUGGAAAAGAGUACGACCCCUAUGCAGCAAGGCAAGGCCAGGAGAUUACACCUUCAUCCAAUCCAGGUCCUCAAAGGACGUCACCAACUGUGCCUAAAACCAUGCCAACUCCUCAGCGGCCACCUAACACUGCCCCUACAGGUGUAAGACGGAACACACCUACGUUACGGAAUGGAGGAGGUGAUGCGGAGGUUAUGGAACUUAACCAGCAGCUAAUCGACCUAAAGCUGACAGUGGAUGGCCUGGAGAAGGAGAGAGAUUUUUAUUUCGCAAAACUCCGUGACAUUGAGCUCAUCUGCCAGGAGAAUGAGAGUGAGAACAACCAAGUGCUUGCAAAGAUUAUUGGUGUCCUUUAUGCUACUGAGGAUGGUUUUGCUCCCCCAGAAGAUGAUGAAAGUAAUGAGCAGUCUCAAGACCAGGAAGAGUACUAAACUCCAAUCAUCCCCCACCCCCCGUAUUACACAUCUCAUUCUGUUUUUGUCCAACUCUUUUCCAUAGUUCUUUUAAUUUGAUCUUUCUGGCCUUUACUCUACAUUUAUUCUUUUCUGUCUUUUUUGUUAUGUUUUAUUCAUCACUUGCCAGUUAUCAACAGCACCUGUAACACAUAAGUGUAAUGUGUUACUUGUAUAAACAGAGGAAAUUUUAGCUAAAAUGAUAACUGGUAAAGUAGAACUAUUAGUAUGCUAUAUUUUGGACUAUAUACUAUAGAGGUAAAAAAUGGUCUGCAGUUGAUAGAAAGCAUUAAGCCACUUUAGAAAGCGCUCUGCUACUUUACUAAACUAAUUCAAAGCAUUUAGCAACUGUAUGCAAAAUUUUUAGAUGCCUGUUUAUAUGUCUUUUUUUAGUUUUUGGCUGUAUGUUUUAGUAUACAGUGCAAUAUUUUCUACUUUUGCUAAUUUGCCACAUUUAAGUGUUUCAAGUGUGUCUAGUAAAUAUCAAUUGUCAAUUUGGUUAAGUAGUUGAUUUAUUAGCUAAGGGUCCAACUACUUCACAUGGGUGAUGUAGAUUUUGAAUAAAUAUUUAUCUUCCAUAAAUGGAAUGAUCUUUUAAAAGCUGCAAAUUAUAUGUAUCUUAUAUUUAAAUUUGUUGGAAGAUCUGAAACAUUCGAAUGUGACAAAUUAGCAAAAAUGGAAGGUUGCAGACACUGCAGCACUGUAGGAACUUAUUCAGAGGUGUACAUCUGUAAUCAGGGAGUCUACAUGACUGAAUUUUACUGUAGUAUAAACAAAUGUAGAUUCCAAAUGUAGUUCUUUUCCUAUGUUGUACAAAGUCGACUAUAUUGAAUUAACAUUGAGAACCUUCAAGUGCUAACAUUUUGAAGGUGCAUUUAGAAUCACAGUAGACCAAUAUGUGAGUUGUGUUUAAUUAUCAAGUUAAGAUAUAUUGUGCGUACUUAAUGAGAAUAAUUUAUUUAUGAAGGAUAUUACAAAAUAAGCUUGUACUAUGAUGGCUCAUUGUAAAAAAAUACGAAUAAAACAGAAUGAACAUACCAGGCCACUAUUACUUAUAGUUAUUUGCUGCUGAAUGGAACUGACUGAAUUAUAACACUCAGAUGUUAGCUGCUAAGUCAGUGUUGCAUUUUUUAUGUUGCACAGCAUUGAAUGCCAGUAAUAUUGGUAUUGAUUGACAGGAUCUGUCUGUACAUUUUAUCUUCAUUUAUUUGGACUUUUACUGUGUAAAAUAAAGGGUAUU